GAGAAGGUGUGAACUUUCUGUUUGGACGAGAACUCGACCCGUCUUUUGAUCAGCUCAGAACGGAAGAAGGUGGGACGCGACGGAAAAGUAGAUUAAAGAAGGAUUUCUCGAGGGGGUGGGCAUGUUGAAGAGAAAGAAUGUUUUGUUGACAUUUGACCAGGACAGACGGAAUUACAGUUGUUAAACGACGGACAGAACAAGGAGCCCCGAAGACCCAGGAAAGGACUGACGAGAACCACCAUGGCUUAAACCCUGUUCCCCACUAGACCCCUGACCCCCUCCCCAGUCCCCGACCCCCUCCCCUGUCCCCAACCCCACCCCCAGUCUCUCCCCGGCCUCCCCUCCAGUCUCUCCCCGGCCUCCCUAACCCUGUCCAUGUGAGGGGUUGGGCAGCCCCCCCCGAAUCCCACUGGAGCCAUGAUGAACCUCCAGAAGCACCAAACCAUGGGCUCUGACCGGGACCUUCAGUCCUCCUCCUCAGUCAGCCUGCCCUCCGUGAAGAAGGUCCCCAAGAAGAGACGCCUGUCCAUGGGGAACCUGUUCAGACGGCGCCGGGACCCCAAGAGGAAGUCCAUGGAGCUCCAUGGGGAAGGAGGGGUGGUUGGUAUCGCCAGCAUAGACAGCAUCCACUCAGACCUCACGCUGAACGAUAAGAACUCUGCCUUCUCAGUGGCCGGAGCUGCCUGCACCUCCUCCCUCGGGGCGUCAUCCUCCUCUUCCUCUUCCUCCCGGGGUCGAGAGCUGCUGGAGUGCCCUCUGUGCCUUCUACGUCACUCUAGGGACAGUUUCCCGGACAUCAUGACCUGCCACCACCGCUCCUGUGCGGAUUGCCUGCGCCAGUACUUACGAAUAGAGAUCAGUGAGUCGCGCGUCAACAUCAGCUGUCCAGAGUGCUCUGAGCGGUUCAACCCCCACGACAUACGCAUCAUCCUGGGAGACCAGCCCCUCAUGGAGAAGUACGAGGAGUUCAUGUUGAGGCGAUGGCUGGUGACCGACCCUGACUGUCGCUGGUGCCCCGCCCCAGACUGUGGGUAUGCAGUCAUUGCCUUUGGCUGUGCCAGCUGUCCUAAGAUCACGUGUGGGCGUGAGGGGUGUGGCACGGAGUUCUGUUACCACUGUAAACAGCUGUGGCACCCCAACCAGACGUGUGAUGCCGCCCGGCAGCAGAGAGCCCAGAGCCUGAGGCUACGCACCUUCAGCUCCUCGUCUCUUAGCUACAGCCAGGAGAGUGGUGCUGCAGCCGAUGACAUCAAGCCCUGUCCGCGCUGCGCUGCUUACAUCAUCAAGAUGAACGACGGCAGUUGUAACCACAUGACCUGCGCCGUGUGCGGCUGUGAGUUCUGCUGGCUCUGCAUGAAGGAGAUCUCUGACCUGCACUACCUGAGCCCGUCAGGAUGUACCUUCUGGGGCAGGAAGCCGUGGAGCAGGAAGAAGAAGAUUCUGUGGCAGCUGGGCACGCUGGUGGGCGCUCCGGUGGGCAUCGCUCUGAUCGCUGGCAUCGCCGUCCCCGCCAUGAUCAUAGGCAUCCCUGUGUACGUGGGGAGGAAGAUCUAUAACCGCUAUGAGGGGAAGGACAUCUCUCCUCACAGGAGGAACCUGGUGAUAGCAGGAGGAGUCACUCUGUCUGUCAUCAUGUCUCCUGUGGUGGCAGCCGUCUCUGUCGGCAUCGGCGUGCCCAUCAUGCUGGCGUACGUGUAUGGCGUGGUGCCCAUCUCUCUGUGUCGCAGCGGGGGCUGUGGGGUCUCCACUGGUAACGGGAAAGGGGUCCGCAUCGAGUUUGAUGACGAGAACCAGAUGACCGCAGGGAGCGGGGCGCAAGCUACUGACACGACCUCUGUGGCGGACACCAGGAACAACCCCAGCAUCGGAGAAGGUAGCGUGGGGGGCAUGACGGGCAGUCUGAGUGCCAGCGGGAGCCACGUGGACCGGAUGGGCGCCAUGAGGGACAACCUGAGUGAGAAUGCCUCCACCAUGGCCCUGGCUGGGGCCAGCAUCACAGGAUCUCUGUCUGGCAGCGCCAUGGUCAACUACCUGAACAGGUUGGAGGUCCAGGCUGAUGUUCAGAAGGAGAGGUGUAGUCUGAGUGGAGAGUCGGCCACCUUCAGCUUGGGGACAAUCAGUGACAACGCUAGCACCAAAGCAAUGGCUGGAUCCCUUCUCAACUACAGAGACGGGACCAGUAUGGAGGUGCAGGUGGACAUAGAGCCGGGUAAGUCUGCUGGUCAACUACACGACCACACUAUGGAUGAUGGGAGAGACGCUGGGCGCUGUGGCUGGUCCUGCCACUCUGGAUGCCCCUCAGAGGGCCAGGAUGGCACCGCCAAGUCCUCCUCCUCCUCGGGGAAGAAGAGUAAAAGCAAGCUGAAGAAGGGAGGAGGCUGUAAGAUCCAGGAGACGAGGGAGGAUAUGGACGCUCGUCUCCUUGAGCAGCAGAGCACCAACUCCUCAGAGUUUGACUCUCCCUCCCUCAGCGGCUCUCUGCCCUCCGUAGCCGACUCUCACUCCUCCCACUUAUCAGAGUUCAGCGGCGGCUCUGACCUGGAGAUCAUGAAGACGUCCUGCAGCCAUGGAUCCUCGUCUGACUACCACAGCCGCUUCGCCACAGUCAGCCCUCUGCCUGAAGUAGAGGGAGACCGGCUGGAGGCGUUACCCUCACCCCGAGGUGUCCUCUCCCAGCCUCACUCCCCAGUCUCCUCGCCCUGUCCCGAGGUGUCCGUCUCCCCUCUGUGUCUGAUAGCAGAGGAAAACAUCAACCAGGUGUGUCCUACGAAGGCAGAUUGUGACUGUAUUACAGGAGGAGCCCUUCCCGUUGGACAGCUGCUGCAGGAGAACAACGACAACCUGCAGGCCCGUCCCUCCAGCCUGCUCCAGACCUCCUGUAUUCAGACUGACAUCUGACCUUAAAAACACCAGUUUUUGGUUUCACAGAAUUAUUAUUAUUUUUCUUUCUUCCCCAGAAGACAAAAGCUUUAAAUGGACAUUUCUGAAGUGUGGAAAUGAAGCAGUGGAGAAACAGCAAGGUGAAGGCUGUUGUUUCCUGUCAUGUGACAGUGUUCUGACUGGCUGCUGUCCCUCCUCACAAGCAGGAGUGAAAGAGACCCGUCACUGACCCCCAGGGCGGACUGUCAGUCAAGCUGGGGAUCAGGACGCAACGUUCAGGAACCUUCAAGCUCUCAAAACGCCAAGUUGAACUUUUAAUAUGAACCAGGCAAUACUAUCCUUCGUGUUCUCUUCAGUUUUAAAAUGAGUUUAUAAUUAAACCACUUCUGUUAAGUGAUGAUUUGUACUUAUUAUAAUUCAAUACUAGUCCGCUGGAAGGAAUUUAAAAGCCUGGUAGUAGUUUAUCUACGGCUAGCUGAGAGGGACAAACUAUUCUAUCUACGGCUAGCUGAGAGGGACAAAGUACUGGAGCAGAGUAUUGUUGCUAGGUAGAAGUAGAGCUGGGUCUCUGGAAGGCCAUGGUUUAAACAUCCCGAAGAUGGAUGAAGGGUUAAUUAUAAUAGCCACAACCCACCAAUGAGAGAGCCACUUCCUUGAAAUUGUUUAACAAAUAUUUUUCAACCGUCAGUAAAAUAAAAAAAAAUUUCAGGCUGAAGAAGCUUUCACCUCACACAUAAUAAGAUCACUUUCAUAUCUGUUAUAACCAAUGAUUUAUAUAUACACUAGAUGACUGACAGGGGGCGCUGUGUUGAAGCCACCGUGCCUCCAUCUUGGCUCUUCCCCCCCCUCCAUUGUAUAAAACAAUGUUUUGGAAGCUAAAGAAAUGUAUUUAUUAAUUGGUUUUAACAACAUGUAUUCCACUACAGACACCUUAAUACUUUUACAUUAUAUAAUGUGAGCUAAACGUACAAAUAAAAUAAUAUAUAACAUUUUCCUUUUUAGAUUAAUGUUCCUGUCCCCACUAAAACAAAAACAAAACAAAAUACAUGUAAUGUUGUCCUGGAAACAUUUGAUUGAAACACUGUAGAAUUCCAUUCAUUCCUAUGGAGGCCUGCUCCUAAUGGAGAGAGCCAAAAUGGCCGACCGGUGGCUUCAAAGCAUCUCAAUGGCCAAUACAUAACAUCAGUAAUCCAUCCCCUACUGUAGAGAGCCAAUAUGGCCGACCGGUGGCUUCAAAGCAUCUCAAUGGCCAAUACAUAUCAGUAAUCCAUCCCCUACUGGAGAGAGCCAAUAUGGCCGACCGGUGGCUCCAAAGCAUCGCAAUGGCCAAUACAUAACAUCAGUAAUCCAUCCCCUACUGUAGAGAGCCAAUAUGGCCGACCGGUGGCUUCAAAGCAUCUCAAUGGCCAAUACAUAUCAGUAAUCCAUCCCCUACUGGAGAGAGCCAAUAUGGCCGACCGGUGGCUCCAAAGCAUCGCAAUGGCCAAUACAUAACAUCAGUAAUCCAUCCCCUACUGGGGAGAGCCAAUAUGGCCGACCGAUGGCUUCAAAGCAUCUCAAUGGCCAACACAUAACAUCAGUAAUCCAUCCCCUACUGGGGAGAGCCAAUAUGGCCGACCGGUGGCUUCAAAGCAUCUCAAUGGCCAACACAUAUCAGUAAUCCAUCCCCUACUGGAGAGAGCCAAUAUGGCCGACCGGUGGCUCCAAAGCAUCGCAAUGGCCAACACAUAACAUCAGUAAUCCAUCCCCUACUGGGGAGAGCCAAUAUGGCCGACCGGUGGCUCCAAAGCAUCGCAAUGGCCAACACAUAACAUCAGUAAUCCAUCCCCUACUGGGGAGAGCCAAUAUGGCCGACCGAUGGCUUCAAAGCAUCUCAAUGGCCAAUACAUAACAUCAGUAAUCCAUCCCCUACUGGGGAGAGCCAAAAUGGCCGACCGGUGGCUUCAAAGCAUCUCAAUGGCCAACACAUAACAUCAGCAAUCCAGGGUUUAUAUACGUUGGUUAUUACUCAUUGUGCCUUUUUGAAAAGGAAAAGCUGUUUUUCCUCUUUCUAAUCGUCUGCAUCUCUCCACCUCUUCUAGACUUUCAAAAGCUAAAACAACACCUUUCAGAUGGUCUCUUGACCAGGAGAGAUACUAGACGAGUAGGGCUUCAUAAUACUGUGGUAGACUUUACACGUCUUGUUCAAUUGCCUACCAAAGACAGCACUCAGGCUCUUGAGAACUCUUGUUCCUGGUAACCCUUGACGACGUCUGUUUUGUCAUCCCCCAGACUCCACCUGGUGCAGCAUGUCUACACCGCGUGGUUAAACAUGUCAACAUAAACACAGGAAUGUAUACAGACUGCUUGUUUGUUUGUUGUCUAAUACGCUUUACAAAUGCUACGCAAAUAACAGGAGGCCAGAGUCUCCUGCUGUUAACCAGACUGGUUACAUAAAUGUACUGCAAUGCUCAGAGUGUAUGUACAGGGAUAUCAUCAGUUGACCCCCCCCCCCCUCUAUUCCUGUCUGUGUCCCAGAUGACAGUCUGUUCCCCGACACAGUGCACAGGUAGUGUACUAUCUAGAGAGUAGUGUGCCAUCAGGGCCGCAUGGCGUCUGUUCCCCGACACAGUGCACAGGUAGUGUACUAUAUAGAGAGUAGUGUGCCAUCAGGACCGCAUGGCGUCUUGUUCCGUGUCUCCUGCCGGUCUGUGAAGACGUGGCUGAAUGAUGACAUCUCUGGACUGAUUUAAAUGCUGCUGCCUCUCCUCCCCUCACACACGUUGUCUGUUUAUUCCCUGAUUCAUUCUCUGCACUGUCCAUUUCCUGUUGGUUUAAUUCUCUGCCCUGACCAUUUCCUGUUGGUUUAAUUCUCUGCACUGUCCAUUUCCUGUUGGUUUAAUUCUCUGCACUGUCCAUUUCCUGUUGGUUUAAUUCUCUGCCCUGACCAUUUCCUUUCCUGUACUUUAAACACUAGUGCCAGAUAGAUUUUCUAAUUUGUGCAGAAUGACAUGAUCCUGUCCCCAGAUCUGUGUUUGAAGUGGUAAUGACCAAAGGAGAUGGACAGAGGACACACACAGAUCUGGGACCAGGCUAGAAUGCCAUUUAAAGGUAUCUGUAUAUUAGUUUGCUAAUUUCCUUUUACAAUGUGUGUAAAAUGCAUAGCUAAAAAAAUAAAUAUCUCUUAAACUUUU